AUGACCAACAUUAAGUGGACACCGAUGCGCUACCUCGCUUAUGGCGUCGGUCAUGUGCUUAACGACAUGUGUGCAUCCACAUGGUUCUCAUAUCUUCUCGUAUUUCUAUUACAUGCUGUGGGAAUGUCACCGGUAGACUCAGCUAUCGUGAUGUUCUGUGGUCAGAUCGCCGAUGGUCUCGCUACUCCAUUGGUCGGAGUCUUCUCAGACAAGUCGUCAGGUCUACCAUGGCUUGGCUUAGGUCGUCGCAAAUUGUGGCUAGCUAUUGGUUCAGUGUUAGUCAUUCUCUGCUUCUUUUUCGUCUUCGGAGCUUGUGUUCCACGCUGGUUUUCAGCCUCACCCAGUCGAACUGUAAUGCUCGUAUAUUACAGUGUAGCUGCUAGCAUCUUUAAUGUGGGAUGGGCCACAGUGCAAGUCUCCCAUAUGGCAUUGGUGCCUGAGUUAUCAAAUGAUGAUAACGUUCGCUGUAUUCUUAACAGCACGAGAUACGCAUUUACGAUUCUGUCAAAUGUGAUGGUAUUUUGUGCCUUCUUAGUGCUUUUGAAAUUUGUGGAACCGUUUGGAGAGCCCGAUGCCGAGAAAUUCACACUUUUGGCGUAUCUUUCGUUAAUCAUUGGAGGAAUGUCUACUGUGGCAUUCUUAGCAGGAACGCCGGAAAAAAUGAAGGGGUUCGCGAAAGAAAUCAAUGCAAGUGACAUUUUGGCUACGAGUCCAGUAGUGGCGGAUCUUGAGGGUCAAGGACCCAAUACUUACAAUUCCGAAGAAAGUAUUUAUGCUCAAAAUAUGGAGGUGGUGAAAUCAGACAUGCCAUAUGACCACAUGACUUGGAGAUGUUGGUUCAAAGUGGGUAUGUUUUACCAGGUCGGGCUGGUCUACAUGUGCACGAGGCUUGUGGUGAACAUCACGCAGGUUUUUAUCUCUUUUUACUUAAUUGUGACUCUUCAAAUGUCAGCUAUGUCCAUCGCCAUCGUACCGCUUUUGGUAUAUCUGUCUGGCUUCACAGCUACAUUUUUCCUUCGAUAUUUAAACGAAUCGCUUGGACGUAUGGGAUCGUUUGCUUUGGGUGCUGGAUUGAUCGUGGUAGCGCUCGUACUCUCAUAUUUUCUCGCUCCUGAGACAGCAAAAUGGAUAUAUCUGUUCUCGAUCGUAUUGGGCAUGGGUAAUUCUAUCAUCAUGGUCACUUCAGUGUGUCUGACGGGAGAUUUGGUAGGAAAAAACGUUGAAAGUGGAGCCUUUGUAUAUGGGUCCAUGAGCUUUACGGACAAAAUCUCAAACGGCAUGAUCAUUCUUAUUAUUCAAAACAUGCGUCAACACCUUCAAGAUUAUCCAGAAAAAGAUGGAGAGCUCUUGCGACAGGUGUAUUGUAUUCUCCCUUCUCUUGCUGCUUUCGUCGGACUCUGCACGGUCGUAUUUAUGACACACUGUGAGAGAUCAAGCGGCAUGAGGCGGCGUAACGCGAAAAGUGCGUCCAGCAGUACAUCAGACGAACUUGAUACUUUUCUUGUGCACAGUCCGCCUAAAUUGGAUGGCUACGGUUCGGUUCAACAAUGA